AUCCUCCCUCCCCAUCGUUCAACAUCCCUCCCCACCCGUCCCCACCCCUCCCUACCCCUCUGGAACGGCAGGCAGAGAGCACGGAUCUGAUAGCCUAUGGGCUCAUCCCUGAGUUUGUGGGGCGAUUCCCCGUGCUGGUGGGGCUGCAUGCGCUCACAGAGGAGCAACUCGUGCAGGUCCCCAGCAAUCUGGUGGAAGCAGUGGUGCUGGACGAGGCAUCGGUGGGGCACGAGGGGGAGGAAGGGGAAGAGGGCAAGCCGGUCCCCCAGCAGUCUAGUGAAGGCAGUUGUGUUGGACAAGGCAUCGGUGGGCACGAGGGGGAGGAGGGGGGCGACGGGGUAACCUGCACUCUGCCAUCAUCCAUCCAUCCCUCCUAUCCCUGCUCUUCCAAGCCUGAUCUUCCCGUCCCUGCCAUCCCUGCCAUCCCCACCAGGUCCCCAGCUCUCUGGUGGAAGCAGUGGUGCUGGACGAGGCAUCGGUGGGCACGAGGGGGAGGAGGGCGAGGACGGGGUACCGGGGUGUGGGGCCCACAUACUGCAAGGGGAGGGCUCGUGGGAGCGGUGGUUGCAGGAUAA